GUCAAAGGAACAUGCUUCACAAGUCCUCGUUAGGAGACGCCGUGCAAAUUCUAUUCUUGAAGAAACAAGAAAGGGUAAUCUUGAAAGGGAAUGCAUUGAAGAACUGUGCAAUAAAGAAGAAGCCAGGGAGGUCUUUGAAAAUGAUCCUGAAACGGAUUAUUUUUAUCCAAAAUACUUAGCUUGUCUUAGCUCUUUCAGAACUGGAUUAUUCACUGCUUCACGUCAGUCAACCAAUGCUUAUCCUGACCUAAGGAGUUGUGUCAAUGCCAUUCCAGACCAGUGUAAUCCUUUGCCAUGUAAUGAAGAUGGAUAUAUGAGCUGUACAGAUGGCCAAGCUACAUUCACUUGCAUUUGUAAAUCAGGUUGGCAAGGAGAGAAGUGUGAAGUUGAUAUAAAUGAAUGCAAAGAUCCCUCAAAUAUAAAUGGAGGGUGCAGCCAGAUUUGUGAUAAUACACCUGGAAGUUACCACUGCUCCUGUAACAGUGGUUUUAUUAUGCUUUCAAAUAAAAGGGACUGUAAAGAUAUAAAUGAAUGCUCUACAAAGCCAAAUAUUUGUGGCACAGCUGUGUGUAAGAACAACCCUGGUGACUAUGAAUGUGAUUGUCCAGAAGGCUACAGAUAUAAUCCUGCAUUAAAGUCUUGUGAAGAUGUGGAUGAAUGUUCUGAAAACAUGUGUACUCAACUUUGCAUCAAUUACCCUGGAGGUUAUUCAUGUUACUGUGAUGGGAAGAAAGGAUUUAAACUUGCCCAAGAUCAGAGAAGUUGUGAGGCUGUUCCAGUGUGUCUUCCCUUGAACCUUGACAAAAAUUAUGAAUUACUUUACUUGGCGGAGCAGUUUGUAGGAGUUGUUUUAUAUUUAAGAUUUCGUUUGCCAGAAAUCAUCAGAUUUUCAGCUGAAUUUGAUUUUCGGACAUAUGAUUCAGAAGGCAUUAUACUGUACGCAGAAUCUCUUGAUCACUCAGCUUGGUUCCUGCUUGCACUUCGUGAUGGAAGGAUUGAAAUUCAGUUUAAGAAUGAAGAUACAACCAAAAUCAUUACUGGAGGCAAUGUUAUUAAUAAUGGUCUCUGGAAUAUGGUUUCUGUAGAAGAAUUAGAACAUAGUAUUAGUCUUAAAAUAGCUAAAGAAGCUGUGAUGAAUAUAAACAAACCUGGAAGCCUUUUUAAACCUACAAAUGGAUUUCUGGAAACCAAAGUAUACUUUGCAGGAUUACCUCGGAAAAUGGAAAAUGCACUCAUUAGACCGAUAAAUCCUCGUCUAGAUGGAUGUAUACGAGGCUGGAACUUGAUGAAUCAAGGAGCUUCAGGAGUUAAGGAAAUUAUUCAAGAAAAACAAAAUAAGCAUUGCCUUGUCACUGUGGAGAAGGGUUCCUACUAUCCUGGUUCUGGAGUUGCUCAAUUUAGCAUAAAUUAUAAAAACACAUCCAAUGCUGAGGGUUGGCAGAUAAGUGGGACCUUGAAUAUCCGCCCAUCCACGAGCACUGGUGUCAUGCUUGCCUUGGUUUCUGAUAAAACAGUGCCCUUCGCCUUGUCCUUGGUGGACUCCAUCUCUGGAAAAUUUCAGGAUAUCCUGGUGUCUGUUGAAAAUAAGGUAAUAUGUCGAAUAGAGGCCAUAAACUUGUGUUCCAGUCAACCAUCCCAUCUGGAAUUCAAAGUCAAUAGACAUAAUCUGGAACUGUGGAAUACAUUUGGAAAAGAUAUUAUCUACUCAGAAGACCUUCAAAGUCAACUUGCCAUCCUGGACAAAGCAAUGAAUGGAACAGUAGUCACCUACCUGGGUGGCAUUCCAGAUGUUCCCUUCAGUGCUGCCCCUGUGAAUGCCUAUUUUAAUGGCUGUAUGGAAGUGAAUAUUAAUGGUGUUCAACUGGAUCUGGAUGAAGCCAUUUCUAAACAGAAUGAUAUUAGAGCUCACUCAUGUCCCUCAGUUUUAAAAAAGAAAAACAGUUCUUAAGGCAUCUUUUUCUUUCUGCUGAAAUAUCUUUUAUUCUGUGUAUAAUUAUACUUAUGUUUUAA